UAACAAGAGUGUUGUGUUGUGUUUGUGAAACUGAAAGGGGAAAAGGGGAAAAAAGCAAAGAUGAGUUUGCGAUGGUUGGAAGCAGUUCUUCCUUUGGGAAUCAUAGCAGGAAUGCUCUGUGUUAUGGGAAACGCUCAGUAUUUCAUUCACAAAGCUGCUCAUGGCCGACCUAAGCACAUCGGCAACGAUGUUUGGGACGUCGCCAUGGAACGAAGGGACAAGAAACUCAUUGACCAAGCUUCUGCUCCAAAUUAACAAGGUUGUUUUCAUCAAUGUGCUUGUGAAGGGAAUAAAUUGCUUGUCCAGCUGUUCCAAGGAAGCAGGGUGGAUCACUACGAUUAAAUUUCCAUCUGUUUUCUUGUAUGACAUUUAACAUAAGCUUUAUAAUAUAUAUGAAUGGUCUAAUCAAUUGCUUUCUCAUUGUUGAACAUGGUGAAAUAGACUCGUGAAUUGUGAUAGCUUUGUGGGGCUUUGAGAUAUUUGUUGCCUUUUAAAUCUUGAGUAUUUUGUGCUUCGAUAUAAAUCUUGAUAUUGAUGGUUGAUG